AUGAGCUCCUCUUCCACCACCUCGACCUCCGUGCAGAACACCCUCGGCCUCAACCUCUCUAUUCUCGAGCUACUGAUCAACUCCUCGGGCAAGAUGCCCCAGCUCGUCCUCCUGCCCUUCGGCCACAGCGGCGGAGCCACCGCUGCCGUGGGCGUAGAUCUCGCAGCGUUGGCCUCAUCCGACCACCACCGAGCACCCGGCCUCAUCAUCAACAACCAGCUCGCCCACGGCACCACACCGACUCACAAGCGGGCCAAGCGCACGACGGGUCGCGUGUGCGGCCAGUGCGGCACGUCGUCCACGGUACAGUGGCGCAAGGGACCCGAUGGCGCCACUUCGCUGUGCAACGCGUGCGGUCAGCGGUACCACCGGCGAAAGGCCGCGGAGGAGCGUCAGAAGACCGGGCGGCAGCAGGACCUCCACAAGCUGCGCAUGGCGGAUCUGGUCCAGCACCACCACCACCAUCACCAUUUUCAGCUGCCCGCCGCGUCGUCGCCCUCGGGUAACCAGCAGCGCGUGCGCUUGCCCCACCACGAGCACAGCUUCACGAUCGACACGUCGUCUCUCUCGCUUCGCCAAGUCAAGUACGAGCCGAUGCUGUCGCCGGUCUCGUGCAGCAGCCCGCGAUCCCCCGCCUCAGACUGUUCGAGCCCAGCCUCAGAGGUGGUCGAGCAGAGCGCCUCGAAGCGAUCCGACAUCUACUCCCUCCUAAACUGA